GCAUCCUGGAUGUUCGCUGUUGUUUUGUCUAUCCCAAAAAAGGCAUUACGAGAGUCCCAGACCAUGAACAUUGUGGGCCAGUUUGCAGAGACUGUGUUUGUGACAGUGAAGGAGCUGUACCGUGGACUUAAUCCCGCCACUCUAACCGGAGGGAUCGAUGUCAUCGUGGUGCGACAGCCUGAUGGAUCGUUCCAGUGUUCCCCCUUUCACGUCCGGUUCGGAAAGCUGGGUGUGCUGCGCUCCAAGGAGAAAAUCGUGGACAUUGAGAUAAAUGGAGAAUCAGUUGACCUGCACAUGAAGCUGGGGGACAAUGGAGAGGCUUUCUUUGUUGAGGAGAAUGGAAACAUGGAGUCCCAGGUUCCAGCCCAUCUGUGCACCUCCCCCAUCCCUCUUGAGGCUCCUGAGGAUCUCGACGAGAUGGCUGAGGGGUCCUCCGUUUCUGGGUCGGGCCAUCGCAGGAAGAAACGCCGUCGCAAACGAAUGCGUUCUGAUACUCACCUUAGAGAUGAUGCCGGCUCUUCAUCAGAUGAGAGAGAAAGAGAGAGGGAGUGGGAGAGAGAGAGUGAUCAGGCCGGACAGGAAAGUCCUGUUAAAGAGGGGCCUGUCAACUCUUUGCAUGUCAGUAAAUCAGUAUACUACUCACUCUCUGAGGAGCCUGUUGAAGAGCUGGGGGCCUUGCAGGCUAGAGACACCCACCCUCACUCAGACGGAGAGCAGUCACCCUCAGAAAGCAGUGUGUUCUUCAGCCGGCCCCCCUCUCCUAAGAGCGACUCUGAGCUUGUGGUCAAACUCCAGGGGUCUUCUGGGCCUCAAAUUGAGUGGAACUGGGGAGGUUUUCCUGUGCUGUGUCAAUCAGAGAGGACCCCAGUGGAGUUACAGCGCAUCUCCCCUUCUGGCAGCUCUCAUUUCCGAACCAUUGAGAGACAAGACUCCUUUGAGAUGAGCUAUGAGCCUGCAAUCAGCUGUGGCAGAGUGGGCAGUGUAACUGUGAUCAGACCACAACCAAGGACUCAAUCUCUAGAUCUAGGCAGCCUCACUUUGCAGACCCCCCCUUUAUCGAAGGACAAAAGCUCUAGCAUUGCCCACUCCACCCCUAGUGACCUCUCCAUGUCAUGUGUACCAGUAGCAAGGUGUGAUGGGGACUCUAAAUUAGGGGAAGAGAACAGAAACUCCUCUUCCUUUUCAGCCAAAGUCAUACAUGGAACCGAUUUUCCUGUCUGCAAAGAAAGCACAAUCAGUGAUGGGCACUUUAACUCUGAGACUGAUGCUAUUAGUCCUAAAAAACAAAAUAGUGAGACCAAUUUAAACAACGCACAAAUCCAGCUUGUAAAGGAAAGUGAAGACUGCUCAAGUUUAAGUACUACAGAGGUAACAAAUCCACUUCUACAGGGAGCUUUAUCAGAGCACAGUGAACAUGGGUCCACUAGCAGCGCUCCUGUGAGUGAGGGGGACAGUGGGAUAGAUCCCUGUGCAGAGGGAGCAGAGGAGGACUGCAGACCAACAGCUUCUGGGAGAGGUGCUGGGACCAGCUGGACUACUGUGGAGGCUUCAGCGAAUUCUUCAGAGGCAUCUACUAAAGUGGAGCACCAGGAGAAGAAAAAGGGUAAACGAAAUCACCAUCUCGGACCAACAGAUAUUUACUUGGAUGAUCUGACCAAGCUGGACCCUGAAGUGGCUGCACUCUAUUUCCCCAAGAGUGAGACAGAAGGAGGGUUUCAGCAUGGGGCUGAGCAGGGCUCCUUUUCUGGGAGCCAGUCACCUCAGUCAGUAGGGAGCGGGGCAAUGGACAGCGGGACAGAGUAUCUGUCCGAUUUCACAUCCUACAACAUGGAUGUCAGCAUGUCUCUCUGUGGACAGGUGGGAGACACCAGCCAGAUCACUAAAGAAAAGUUCAUGGAGCAUAUUGUGACAUACCAGGAUUUUGCCAAUAAUCCAGGAAUCAUUGAAGACCCGAGCCUUGUAAUCUGCAUCAAUUCCAACUAUUAUAACUGGGCUGUGGCUGCUCCAAUGGUCUUAUCGAUGACAGCUUUCCAGAAAAAUCUACCCAAGAGUGCAGUAGACCGGUUAGUGAAAGACAAGAUGCCCAAAAAGUCUGGCCGCUGGUGGUUCUCCUGGAGGAGAAGAGACAUGGACAGUAACCAGCAAAAGAUCUCAAAAGAGGAACAAGAUGAGCAACUGGCUAGAGCAUCUUCUUCAGUAAAAGCUACAUUGGAUGACAUGGACAGUGACGAGGCUGCAGGACUUGGCAGAGAAGCCGUCAUUCCCUCCAGCCUCUCAACAGAUACCCUCAGUGCUACUCAGUGUAUCAGCCAGAUCUACCGCAAAUCAUUGCGUCUGACCUCAAAACAGAUAGAGCAAUUAAACCUGCGUGAAGGAGCCAACAAAGUAGUGUUCAGUGUGACCACACAAUACCAAGGCACCUGUCGCUGUGAGGCUGCCAUCUACCUGUGGAACUGGAAUGAUCGUAUCAUCAUAUCAGACAUAGAUGGCACCAUCACUAAGUCUGAUGCUCUGGGUCAUAUUCUACCUCAGUUUGGAAAAGACUGGACUCACAAAGGCAUCGCCAAACUCUACCACAAAAUCCACCAAAAUGGUUAUAAGUUCUUGUAUUGUUCAGCGCGGGCUAUAGGCAUGGCUGCCAUCACUAAGGACUACCUGCAGUGGGUGAAUGAUAAAGGCACUGUCCUGCCUAAAGGCCCUGUGCUUCUGGCUCCCAGCAGCCUCUUUUCAGCACUUCACAGAGAAGUUAUUGAGAAGAAGCCUGAGGUUUUUAAGGUUGCCUGUCUCAGUGACAUCAGGGACCUGUUCAACCCACAGAGACGGCCCUUCUACGCUGCCUUUGGCAACAGGACUAACGAUGCGUAUGCUUAUAAGCAGGUCGGGGUGCCUGAUACCAGGUUAUUUACAGUCAACCCAAAAGGAGAGCUCUUCCAGGAAAAAACUAAAGGGAACAAGUCCUCAUAUAGCCACCUGAGUGAGCUGGUGGAACAUUUCUUUCCCAUGCUGUCUGUGGAGGGUAGCAAGUCCUACGCUCUCGACUGCCCCGAGUACAGCAGCUUCUCCUACUGGAAGGAGCCUCUGCCAGAGCUGGACCUGGAUGCACUACAGUAGACACAGACGUGCACAAACAUACAAAUCUGUAGCAGGGCACAUUUACUCUUGUCUGUUUUUCCCCUUAAGCAUGCCUUCAAAACGGCUGCCAACUGUUAAAAUGAAACAAACAGAGGCAGCUGUUCCAUCUUCAAAAGACAGAGCCAGAUUAAGUCACAGUCGGCAUGGAUUUUGCAUUUCAGAAAGUGGAUAAAACAUAGUGGGGCACUUCAUCUCAGCAGUCAUACUAUCUUUGGCUGUUAACACAACAUUUCACUUGUUUAUGUAGAAUUCCUACAAUGAAAAAACUGGACAAAUAUGCUUAGGACUGUUUCAAUUCAUUGUUUUUGAGUGCAGCCAUAAUGGUUAAAUAGAAUAUAGGGAAAGUCUCUCAAUGCUGUGGCACAUUUCAGAUGGAGACCCUCUCCAAACAGGAACAGAAAAUACGCUGUAAUAAAUGUUAAGAAAUAAUGCCAAAUCUAUCCUCUGACUAGCUAUAAAACAAACCUGUUAUUGUUUUUAAUGGUUUGAGUUUAUUUGUUGUUGUGUGUUGAGGACAACAGAAUUUGUUUGGACUUUGGCUCAUUAUGGGGGUUUUAUGGCUGUAUGUAACCAGGUAUUCAAAUACGAUCUGAGAAUGUAUUUAAAAUGUUUGAAUUAUUUUUAAGAAGUUAGAUCCAGUAGUGAUGUGAUACUGCAUGUGUUCGGUUACUGGGUUGGUUAAAAGGGACAACAGCAUUUUUAUCGGACACCCAUGGACUGCAAUAACAUGUUUAUUUAAGCAUUUUCAAAACAUGAUGUACAACACACACAACACUUGUUUUCUUUCUUUCAGGUACUUUACUACGGCUUUUUUUUUUUUUAAUUUGUACACUACAUGAACACAUAGGUGGGUCAGGAUGAUACUGACCUUACACAUGAAAUGUGUUAAUUUAACGGUGUAGCAUGCUGCUGUGCCUUUGUACAAUGGAGAAAUUGGUAUAUUUAUUAUUUUUGCAUAAAUGUCAUUAUGAAACUGUGAUUAAAUGCAUUAGAGCUGAUGAUUUGGAUGAUUUUAACCAAACUUGGAGAAAUAUAAAUUAA